AUGAGCUUGGGCGACCCCUGUCUCCCCGACUUGUUCAUCAAGGACUAUCCUCCUCUGCCUGGCGUCAUCAUGAUGGGCUCCCUGUUUGUUCUUUUUGUGAUUGAAAUGUGGCUCAAUUCCAAGACGGGCGGACACUCGCACGGCGGCCCGACGGGGGCCGGCCUUUCCGACCAUCAACACGGCGCCGGGCAGCCGCAGGCACUCUCGAGGGGACUGCAACACCCUCACCCGCCGGCGACGGUCCAUGGCCAGGCCAUUGUUCACCAGAACCCGGCCAUGGCGUCGGACAUGAAGUCGCCCUCGUCCGACUACGACAGGAACUCGUUUGGUGAAAAGUCGUUUGACGACCGGACUCUGCACAACUACUACGACUACAACGACAAAGGCAACAGGCUGUCGACAAUGCCUGCCUGGUUCAUUGCCUUUUACGAGCAGUAUGUGCGACAGCACACGGAGAUUAUGGACGCGCUCCGAUACCCCAAGGACGGGAGCAAAACUGUGGAUGAGGAGAAGGCUCAAGUUACAGUUACGGAAUAUGCUGUUGAAGACGAGGAGCCCGUGGACCAAGCCCUGUUGAAGAAGAUGUCGACCAACAUCACCUUGCUCGAGGGCGGUAUCUUGUUCCACUCUGUCUUCGUGGGCAUGACCGUGUCCAUCACAACAGAGGGGUUCAUCAUUCUCCUCGUCGCCAUCUCGUUUCACCAGCUGUUUGAAGGUCUCGGACUGGGCUCCCGAAUCGCAGCCGUGCCAUAUCCCAAAACCAGCUUCAGGCCAUGGCUGUUGGUGUUGGCGUUUGGAACCACGGCGCCAAUCGGACAAGCCAUCGGUCUCCUGACACGAAACACCUACGACCCCGACAGUGCGUUUGGUUUGAUUAUCGUCGGCCUAUUCAAUGCAAUUUCCUCCGGGUUGUUGAUCUACGCUGCGCUCGUCGACUUGCUGGCCGAGGACUUCUUGUCCGAGGAGGCAAACCAGCUCAUGGGCGGAAAGGACAAGGCCAAGGCGUUUGCUUGGGUUCUCCUGGGAGCACUCGGCAUGUCCAUUGUGGGCGCUUUUGCCUAG